CAAUGAUGAUGUUUUUUUGCAUGAUUUACCAACCAAAGAUUGCUCUACGAUGACAUUUUCUAACUGCGAGCACACUCCCAAGGAGGUUGGCAGUUUGUCCUCAACACAAUCCCUGACAUCCUCGUGUAAAGGUAAAGCACCGAUCGUUAGGAUUGAAUCUUUUGAUUUUGAAUCUCCGGUCAAACUGAGCAAGACAAUCUUAAAGCCAGCAUCAGCCCCACAGAUAAGCAAGCCCGCUCUAAAAUAUAGUCAGCAGUGUACAGACGAUGUCAAUAAUGAUGAUGCAUUUUGUAGCAAUGACUCCAGUGUUAUGGUUGUUACAAACUCCUGGCCCUUAGGCAAAGAUGAGGAGAAACAACAACGAAAUCUAAGAAAUAUUGACAUUGAAAAUAAAGAAGGCAGACACACACAAGUUAGUGACAGCUCUAAAAAUGUUAAGGCCAUGAAUGGUCUCACGCCUGGCUUUACAAGUCCUGUCAUAGCCAAUCACAGGGUUUCUCCGUUUGUCGACGUGCCUGAGCAGUUUUGCGUUGAAGGAGACGAUGAUGAAGACAUCUAUCAGUAUAGUCCUCUAAACCAGGAAACAUUUCCCUUCAUGGACUCAGUGCAUUGUGACAGUUCCUGUAAUGUGGAAGUGGAAACCUUGCCGCACAAAAACAGGGCCAAAUUUGGGUGCAGUGAAAAGAAAGGUGGCAAACUUGGGAAUAGUCAAGAGGCGACUGAAAAAAUCAGGCAUGAAAUGAUUCCACUUUUAUCCAACACAGAGAAUGCUGUAAACUGUGGCUUUGCUGCAGGGUGUGAAGAUGAUGAGCAGGUUUAACUCAAGUAAUAAUUUGACUUAACCUGCAUGAUUUUUAUAAGAAAGAUAAAAUUGAAGAAAAAUCAUCUUAACAUUAAAUAUUUAUCAAACUUUUUAAUCAAGUUCGAUCAAGAAAACG